AUGGCCGACAAUGACAAGCCAGAAACCUCUGGUGAGCCUCAAGGCCGCCAUGUGAUCUACUGUGGCGUUUGCACCCUUCCCCCAGAGUACUGCGAAUAUGGCGGCACUGUCAAAAAGUGUCAGGACUGGCUUGAAAAGCACCAUCCCGACCUGUAUGCCAACAUAUGGUCGCAAGAGGCUCUGGAGGCAGCGACUGCAUCCCUCUCCGUCGACGCACAGAAGCGAGCUGCCAAAGACGCACAGAAGAAGGCGGCUAAGGCCGAGGCUGCCGAAGCCAAACAAGCCGACAAGUUGGCCAAGAGUGUCGUCACCAUUAAGAGGAUCGAGCGCAACAAAAGAAAGUUCGUCACGUCCGUCUCCGGUCUUGAGUCUUUCGGGCUGGAAAACAAAAAGGUCGCCAAGGAGUUUGGAAAGAAGUUUGCUACUGGCUCAUCUGUUACCAAGACCCCGAGCGGUGGCGAGGAGAUUGUAGUACAGGGCGAUGUCAGUGACGAGAUUGAGGAGUUUUUGUUGGAGAAGUAUAAGGAGAUACCCGAGGACAACAUAGAGCUGGUGGAAGACAAGAAGAAGAAGGCCAGCGCGCCGGCUUAG